ACUCCCCAGCGCACACACUUCUAUUUUCAAAUAAAUAAAACCAUUUUUUCCAAUCUUAUUAUAACAUUUUUUUAUUUUUUAUUUUAAAUUUUAAAGAACGAAGAUACCGAAAUAUGUUUUGGAAUUUGGUAUUCGCAAUAUUUUGCAGAUGCUUGAGUUUGCCUAACACAUUCUCUGACAUAAUCAAACCACCCGAUAUCAUGAAUCUUCAUUGAUGUAAACUUACUACAUGAAGCCAUGAGAUCGAGUAAUACUCGACAAAAUUUAGUAUUAGAGAGGUGUAGUGGACCUAUAUAAAGAAAUAUUAAGUAGGUGCUGAACAUAUUUUUCCAAUUUCUUCAACUGAAAUGGAGAGGGUGUGACGGGAAUUUACCAAAAGGCCUGCUAAUUUCCUUCUAAAUCCUGUAGUAAGUUUACAUUAUCCAUGAGAUGACAAUGACAUUGAAGUUGAAUUGGAGGUCCAAUUUCUUCAACUGAAAUGGAGAGGGUUCUGAGAUACAAGCAUCAGUACUCAUUCUCUCUCGCUCACUACUAGCUUCAUGCAAACAAAUCCACAAGUGCUAGAUAGAGGUACGUCUUCAAAACGAUAAUAAUCAGAGCUCUCUGCAUUUCUGUUGUCUAAAAUCAUGUGUUUACUUUUGUUUCUGAAUUUGGCUUCUCUCUAGCUUCCAUCUGAAUUUGUAUCUCUUUUCUCUUGUGAAUCACUUUUCUUUAUCUUUCUCUGUCGUUUGCUUGUCACUCUAGUUCUGAGACACCUUACUAGCUCCAUUCAAACAUAUUCAUAAGCUACGUGUGUUAAUUUCUUCAACAAUAAUAGUGUUUUAGUUGUAAUAUUUUUGUAUUCAGUCAUCUCCAAUCCUCUCUCUUUUUCUACCUUUCUGUUGCUUUUAAUCUUUCUCGGACUAGUCUUCUUUUAUAUAUCUUUACUUUUUUGGUCUCUCUCUCUCUCUCUCUGUGAAUUUGAACCUCUAUCUGAAUUCCUAUAUAUCUUUCUCUGACUAGUCUUCUUUUCUAUAUAUCCUAAUUGUGAAUCUUCACCUUUCGUUAGUUAUCUUUCUCUUCCAUUUGUUUGUCUUUUAAACUCAGAUUCAUUUGUGAAUAUUCUUUUGUAUUGCUUCUUCUAGUUUGUCAUCUAAACUCAGAUUCAUUUGCGAAUAUUCUUUUGUAUUGCUUCUUCUAGUUUGUCAUCCAAACAAAAAAAAAAAAACACUAGCGGUGAGUUGAAAAUGAGUUGUGUUAUAGAUGCUAUUGUGGGAAAAGUAUUCGAGCCAAUUGGGCGUCAAAUUGGUUAUGUGGUCAAAUACAAGGAAAAUAUUGAGAAUUUGGAAGAAGAAGUAAAUAAUCUUAAAGGCAUGUGGGAGACGGUCCAAGCAGCUGUCAAUAUAGGCAAGGCCAAUGGGAUGACCAUUAAGAAGGAUGCUGAUCAGUGGCCGGAGAAAGUGCGGCAGUCCUUGACCACAAUGGAAGAAGAAAUGAACAAAUCAUUGCAAGACAAAGAAAAUCUCAAAUGUCUUGAUGUACGUUCACGGUAUAGGCUUGAUUUGAAAGGGAAAAAGAUGGCGAUGGAUGCUAUCAAACUAAAAGAGAAACGCAAUGCGUUUGGUGACGAAGUUGCACACCCUACUCUUCUCAAAGAUAUUUGGGACACAUUCAGCACAAGCUAUGAGCAUUUUGAUACCAGAAAUUGGUUUUUGAAGAAAUCAUGGGGGCGUUGAGAGACGAUAAGAAUUCCAAAAUCGGUAUAUAUGGAAUGCCAGGCGUUGGAAAGAUAACAAUGGUGGUGGAAGUUGGCAAACAAGCUGGAAAAGGUCCCUUUGAUGAGGUCGCAAUGGCAGUUUUCUCCCAAAACCCAGAUCUGAGAAAAAUCCAAGGAAAACUUGCGGAUUGUUUAAAUCUAAAACUAGAUAAAGAGAGUGAAGAAGGGAGAGCAGGUCGUAAUACUGGAUGACGUUUGGGAUGAUCAGAUUACAUUGGAGAAAAUAGGAAUUCGAGCAAAUUUAAUUAAUACCAUGGGUUGCAAAAUUUUGUUGACCUCUCGAAGACUAGAAGUGUGCAAACAGAUGGGGUUUGAAAAAGCCUUCCCAAUCAGACUCCUAUCGGAACCUGAAGCUUGGCACCUAUUCAGGAGAACGGUGGGAGAUUUUAUCGAGCUGAUCCUGAAAUUCAGUCCUUAGCGCAAAAAGUGUGCAGAGAAUGUGAUCAUUUGCCGUUGGCAAUUUGUGCAGUUGGAGGAGCACUAAGCAGUAAGGAAGAUAAGCAUGUAUGGAAUGAUGCAUUUGAACAGCUCAGAGAUUUUAAGGGAUAUAAAAUUGAGAGGGUGAAAGAUAAGGUGUAUUUGUGUAUAGAGUGGAGCUACGAGUAUCUUAAGCAAGCUGAUGUGCAGUCAUGCUUUUUGCAUUGCUCUUUGUUUCAUGAAGAUACUGAGAUUCCUAUUGACAUGCUGGUGUCUUUGGGAGUAGGAACAAAGUUUCUUGAAAGUACAGAUAGAACAUCAAUAAAAAAAGCAAGAGAUAGAACACUUGUGAUAGUUGUUAUCCUCAAGAAAUCUAAUUUGUUGUUAGAAGGUGAAGAAGAAAACGUGAUCAAAAUGCAUGACGUAAUUCGAAAUAUUGCCAUAUUAAUUGUAUCCAAAGAUCGGAAUGCAUUUCUAGUGAAAGAUGAUGUCAAUGUUUGGCCAGAUAAAGAUGAUUAUGAAUGUUGCAAAGCCAUCUCAUUAAGGGAUUCUUGCAAAGUUUGUCGGCUUCCCGAUCAGUUAGAAUGUCCAGAACUACGCACCUUAGUAUUGGGAUCAUCCGACGAUUCACUACUAAAACUCCCAAAUAGCUUUUUUGAAGGGAUGAAAAAGCUUGAAGUUUUGGUUUUGAAGGGGAUGAAACUAGUACCAUCAUCACUUUCACGUCUGGUUGGUCUCUGGAUGUUGUGUCUAAGUGAUUGUGAGUUGGUAAACCUAUCUUUCAUCAAGGAAUUGAAAAACGUUGAGAUACUGGUCCUUGGUCAUAUUUACGAAUUCAAAGAGAUAGUUUUCGAAAUAGGACAGUUGACUUGCCUACGGUUGUUGAAUUUAAAAGAAUUUAACAAAAAUAUAGGAUUUUCGUCGGGUUUCCUGUCUCUUCUAUCCGAUCUGGAGGAAUUGUGCAUUCCGAAGGCUUAUGAUGGAUGGGAGGUUGAAGGCAAUGCAAGCAUUGUUGAGAUAAAUUGUUUGACUAGCUUAACCGCUUUGCGUAUUUAUGUACCAAAUGACGUCUUCUUAUUACUGCCCACGGAACUUCCCAGCUUUCAGUUGUUAACGAAAUAUAAAAUAUGGAUUGGGUCUCACUAUAAAAGUUUUUCAGAGGUUGACCAACACAUAGAAACAAAGGUCUUGGGACUUGGUAGUAUUCCUUUGAUGGAUGGGCUUGAUGUUUUGAUUGCGAACGCUGAAGUACUACGUUUGUAUUAUAUGGAAGGUUUAAAGAAGGUGCUUCAAGACAGAGAUGGAGAGUGGUUUCUAGAUUUGAAGCAUCUUUACGUUAGUAGAUGUAAGGAUAUGGAACAUCUACUUGGCAAACCCAAAUGGAGUUCAAAAACUCAUGGACCAUCUCCAUUGGGUUCUUUUGGUAACUUGAGAGUAUUAGAAGUUUUCUGUUGUAGCUCAAUGAAGUAUCUGUUCUCCGCAUCCACUGCAAGCUGUCUUCCAAAACUACAUCUACUACAAGUUAUACAAUGUGAGGCAUUGGAAGAAAUAAUUGGAGGUGACGAGGAAUUCACGGAUAAAGUUACUUUUCAUCAGUUAGAAAAAAUGCGGCUAUUAAGUUUGCCAAAUCUCAGAAGCAUUUACGCCAAUACGAAGAAGAAGACAUCAACUAGAGAGUGCAGCAUGCCUUCCACUGUUAAACAACCUCUCUUCAAUGAAAAGACUAUGUUUCCUGUCUUAGAGGAAUUGGUGAUUAAUGGAUUGGGUAGCAUUAAAGUGAUAUGGGACAAGCAAUUACUCCAAGUCCUAAAAGGUGGAAAUUCCUUUCAGCAUCUCCAACAGUUACAAAUAGUCGAUUGUAAGGAGAUGAAAGAGAUACUUGCAUUUGAAGUUGGACAAGGAGAAGAAGAGGCAGAAGCAAAUGAUGAGAUUCCCGUGUUCCCUCACUUAAAGACUAUAGGACUUAGGGACUUGCCAAACCUGAAAAGUUCCGAAGAAGAAACACAAGAAUCCCGACUACAAGCCCUCAUCAACCACAAGGUCAGAUUUCCUAGUUUGGAGAAGUUGAUGAUAUGGUAGGAUGUUAUUCAAAGAUGUGGGGUGGACUCCAUCCAUCAGUAAAAUAUAUAUAUAUAUAUAUAUAUAUAUAUAUGGGCGGUGUGUGCAAGAGUGUGUGAAUGUAUCAGCGAAGUAAGUGUCUAAGUAAAUAAAUGUUUGCCCCCUACCCCCGCCCAAAAUAAAAAAUAAAAAAAAAAAGGAAAAAAAAAAACUAAAAAAAAAAGGGCAAAAAAAAAAACUGUUGGGUGAGGCAUACACAAUUGUUUAUCAACAGAAUAUGCUAUUUGUUGUUGUAAUUACUCUAUGUUAUGUGCAUCUUUGAGUGGAAAUUUCCUUUAAUUAUUAUUAUUUUUCAAAUAGUGGAAUUUUGUCACUUAGUCUCAUAAUCUUUCUCUCGUUUAUUGUUGGAGGGUUUUUCCAAAUUAAAUAUGUACAGAUAAAAAGGUAAUUUAGUAAAUGCAAAACUAAGUAGAAAAAUUGAAAUCAACUAAACUGGAACCAAUAAGAAUUUAACUGGUGUAUCUUUUUCAUCUACAUGAAUUAUGUACAUAUUACAAUAAAUAGUUAUACAGAAUUAUGAUAAAAGGCUUAAAAACAAAAAAGUAAGAUAAAAAUAAGUAAAAAAGAAGGAAAUUAACAACAUUAUCAAUGAGAGAUUGAGAGAAUCCAAAUAUACGCUAGGUUGAAUCAGUUGACUCACAUAUUUUUGAAAAGCUAAAACUAAAUUUUCAAAUUAUAUGAAAAGAAAUUAUUUUCAAAUUAUACAUAUUAACUUUAUAACCGAUUUAAAGUAAGUUAUAAUAACAUGGGGAAACACAAAUACUUAAAAAAGCACACAAAUAUACUGAAAGGAAUAGAAAUUAUAAGAUUGUGGAAACACAGACAGAGAAAAAGAAGAUUUGUUAUGUCACUGAAAUUCAAAAUAAUGGCAAGUGAUCCCAUUAUAUUAAAAAAAAAAAAAAAAAAAAAAAAA